AUGACGGCUCGGUACUUCACGCGCGGUGAGGAGCUGGAGGAGAACGAUGGUGGUGACGGAGUGCUUUUAAUUAGCGAGUGCACUCUGCAUUGGAACAACUUGCCUUCAACACGCACAAUCAAGACAACAAUUGAAUGGCUUGGAAGGGUGCGCAAUCUGCGUGUUAUCUUUGCAACAGCAGGUAAAGUGGCCGUGCCGUCGCCGUGUUCUCCAUUACCGGAAGUGCUUGCAAUUGAGGUACAAAGCGCCAAAGGCGCGCGGGGGUUGCGUACGACCGUUGUCUGCGAUGCAUCUGCCUCCACUCCGGCGAAUGAGGAAGAGGAUGUGUUACGUGUGGCUGUCACUCCUCACACGCCUUCAAACGUACUGGCGACUCAAAUGUAUGCCAAUGCCAACGUGCAGGUGAACGCACGGCAGCAGUACGAGCUGUGA